AUGGCGGCAGAGGGUGUCGAGAUGCUAGCCUUGAUUGACUCGAACUCAGAGGCGACUGAUACUUAUGAGCACUACUCCAAGCGUGGACCAGAUGAGCACUAUGACAUGCUGUUUGUUGACGCCAGCACUCCACGAUCGGAGCAGAGCUCGAAGAGACUUUCAUCGAGGAAGGUUGUCAAGCAGAAAGAGCCAGGAUGGCCGUACAUGACCAAGAUGACGGACUUGAUUCGGCCGAGUACCGCAACUCCUUCCUCUAGGGUGAUGGGUAGACCGCAGUCCAGUCGCUCCGUAUCCUCUAACAUCUCCAACGUUUCCUCCAUUUACUCAACGUCUUCGAGUGAGCCAAGACGACUGUUGCAAGCCAAGAUAUCGCGAAAGCAAGCAGAGGAGGACUAUCAUACCUUGCAAAAUCGGAUCCGCCGUCUGCAGAUUGAAGCGCAGAGGGCGAGUCACAACAUGAUAGAAACGAAACAUAGGGCUGAAGAAAUAGUGAAGCUGAAAGCUCAGAAUGAGAUGCGCGCGAGGGAGAAAGAGCUGCAAAGGAUACAGGAGGAGCAGCAGCUGGAGCGCGAGAGACAGCAGAAACUACUAUUUCGAGCCCAGAGGAAAGCCUCGAUCCAGAGCGCAAGGCAAGACCUGGUCAUGAGCAAACGACGUAUGGUACAACAAUUCAGGAAAGAGAAGCAAACGAUCGCGCAGGAGGUUCUUGUAGUCCCCCUUGCAUGGAGGGCAAGAUUGGCGGAGGAAGAGCGAGCCGCGAAGCUCAAGUAUGAGACCUACGCGCGGGAGAAGCUCGCGAUGCAUAUGAGAUAUCGACUGAAGCAACAAAAUCAAAUAAGGACGAGCAAUUCGUACCUGAAUCGGGUGGCUUACGAAGAUCAAUUAUGCGCGGAGAGGAAAAAGGAGAUAGCAAAGCUAGAACUAGAGGAGAAGCAGCUUCUCAUGAAGCUCGAGGCAAUCCAGGACAAGCAGCGAAACGCGUAUGCGGAGCUGGAAGUUGCGCUGGAAGUUUGA